GCUGCGGGAACGGAUGGCGGCCUGGGCCCGGUAGCAGCGGCGGCUCUACGGCCCGGGGCCCCGGGCCAGAGGAGGUGGCGGCUCCCGGGACCGGCCGCGCGCAAUGAUGUUGUCCACUGGGCAUGUACUGACCAAUGUGGCAGGUCUGAGAACAUAGCUGAAGCUGAAAAUAGGAAAGCUGGGGGCAAGGAAGAGCCUUGAAUCUUGAGGUGGGACGUUGACUCUAAGAUGUCCUUGAGCAGUGGAGCCUCCGGAGGGAAAGGAGUGGAUGCAAACCCGGUUGAGACAUACGACAGUGGGGAUGAAUGGGACAUUGGAGUAGGGAAUCUCAUCAUUGACCUGGACGCCGAUCUGGAAAAGGACCAGCAGAAACUGGAAAUGUCAGGCUCAAAGGAGGUGGGGAUACCGGCUCCCAAUGCUGUGGCCACACUACCAGACAACAUCAAGUUUGUGACCCCAGUACCAGGUCCUCAAGGGAAGGAAGGCAAAUCAAAAUCCAAAAGGAAUAAGAGUGGCAAAGACACUAGCAAACCCACUCCAGGGACUUCCCUGUUCACUCCAAGUGAGGGGGCAGCUAGCAAGAAGGAGGUGCAGGGACGCUCAGGAGAUGGUGCCAAUGCAGGAAGCCUGGUUGCUGCUAUUGCUCCCAAGGGCUCAGAGAAGGCGACUAAGGCAUCCCGUAGUAUAGCCGGCUCUAAAAAGGAGAAGGAGAACAGCUCAUCUAAGAGCAAGAAGGAGAGAAGCGAAGGAGUGGGGACUUGUUCAGAAAAGGAUCCUGGGGUCCUCCAGCCAGUCCCUUUGGGAUCACGGGGUGGUCAGUAUGAUGGAAGUGCAGGGGUGGAUACAGGAGCUGUGGAGCCACUUGGGAGUAUAGCUAUUGAGCCUGGGGCAGCGCUCAAUCCCUUGGGAGCUAAACCGGAGCCAGAGGAAGGGGAGAAUGAGUGUCGCCCGCUAAAGAAAGUCAAGUCUGAAAAGAUGGAGUCCCCUGUCUCUACACCAGCAGUGCUGCCGCUGCACCUUUUGGUGCCAGUGGUCAGUAAUGACAUCUCAUCUCCCUGUGAGCAGAUUAUGGUUCGUACUCGAUCAGUCGGGGUCAACACAUGUGAUGUGGCUCUAGCCACCGAGCCUGAAUGCCUGGGCCCCUGUGAACCCGGGACAAGUGUCAACCUCGAGGGCAUUGUGUGGCAGGAAACAGAAGAUGGGAUGCUGGUGGUGAACGUAACGUGGAGGAACAAGACGUAUGUAGGUACCCUUCUCGACUGCACACGGCAUGACUGGGCACCACCCAGGUUCUGUGACUCCCCCACCAGUGACUUGGAAAUGCGGAAUGGUCGGGGCAGAGGCAAACGCAUGCGCCCCAACAGUAACACACCCGUCAACGAGACGGCCGCAGCCUCUGACAGCAAAGGGACCAGCAGCAGCAGCAAAACCCGAGCAGGAGCCAAUAGCAAAGGCCGCCGGGGCAGCCAGAACUCCUCAGAGCAUCGCCCACCUGCCAGUAGCACCUCCGAGGAUGUCAAGGCCAGCCCUUCCUCAGUGAAUAAGCGGAAAAGCAAACCUCUUUCAGACAUGGAGCUGAAUUCUAGCUCAGAGGACUCCAAAGGGAGCAAGCGUGUCCGUACAAAUUCCAUGGGCUCAGCCACUGGCCCCCUCCCUGGGACCAAGGUGGAAACCACUGUUCUAGACAGAAAUUGUCCCUCCCCAGUCCUGAUCGACUGUCCCCACCCAAACUGUAACAAAAAGUACAAGCACAUCAAUGGACUUAAGUACCAUCAGGCUCACGCCCACACAGACGACGACAGCAAGCCGGAAGCAGAUGGAGACAGUGAGUACGGAGAGGAGCCCCCACUCCACGCAGACCUCGGGAGCUGCAAUGGCGCGUCUGUCUCCCAGAAAGGUUCCUUGUCCCCUGCCCGCUCAGCUACCCCCAAAGUUCGACUCGUAGAGCCCCACAGCCCUUCUCCUUCCAGCAAGUUCAGCACAAAAGGCCUCUGUAAGAAAAAGCUGAGUGGAGAAGGGGACACAGACCUUGGAGCCUUGUCCAAUGACGGCUCUGACGACGGACCCUCGGUAAUGGACGAAACAAGCAACGAUGCCUUUGAUUCUUUGGAAAGGAAGUGUAUAGAAAAAGAAAAGUGUAAAAAACCCUCCAGUUUGAAACCUGAAAAGAUGCCUUCCAAGAGCUUAAAGUCAGCCCGGCCCAUCGCCCCGGCCAUCCCCCCGCAGCAGAUCUACACCUUCCAGACCGCCACCUUCACAGCCGCCAGCCCAGGCUCCUCCUCGGGCCUGACCACCACGGUGGUCCAGGCCAUGCCCAACAGCCCCCAGCUCAAACCCAUUCAGCCCAAGCCCACUGUGAUGGGAGAACCUUUCGCAAUCAACCCUGCCUUGACUCCAGCCAAGGACAAGAAAAAGAAAGACAAAAAAAAGAAGGAGUCUUCAAAGGAACUUGAAAGUCCUCUGACUCCUGGGAAGGUGUGUCGAGCAGAAGAAGGCAAAAGCCCGUUCAGGGAACCAUCAGGAGAUGGGGUGAGAACGGAGGGGCUCCUAAAUGGCUCGUCGGACCCCCACCAGAGCCGACUGGCUAGCAUCAAGGCCGAAGCUGAUAAGAUCUACAGCUUCACAGACAACGCCCCCAGCCCUUCCAUUGGAGGCGGCAGCCGCCUGGACAGUGCCACCCCGACCCAGCCCCUGACUCCCUUACACGUAGUGACUCAGAAUGGAGCGGAAGCGGGCUCAGUCAAGACCAACAGCCCUGCCUACUCCGACAUCUCGGACGCCGGGGAGGAUGGGGAGGGCAAAGUGGAUGGUGUCAAAUCAAAGGACCCUGAACAGUUGGUUAAAGAAGGGGCUAAGAAAACUCUUUUCCCCGCUCAGCCACAGAGCAAAGACUCCCCAUAUUACCAAGGCUUUGAGAGCUACUACUCUCCAAAUUACGCACAGUCCAGCCCAGGGGCGCUGAACCCCGGCAGCCAGGCAGGAGUGGAAAGCCAGGCCCUGAAGGCAAAAAAGGACGAGGAGCCUGAGAGCACAGAGGGGAAAGUCAAGAGCGAUGCCUGCGAGGACAAGAAGCCAGAGAUGAGCAGCUCCAGUCAGCAGCCCUCGGUCAUCCAGCAGCGGCCCAGCAUGUACAUGCAGUCCCUCUACUACAACCAGUAUGCCUACGUGCCCCCCUACGGCUACAGUGACCAGGGCUACCAUACCCACCUCCUGAGCACCAACACGGCCUACCGGCAGCAGUACGAGGAGCAGCAGAAGCGGCAGAGCUUGGAGCAGCAGCAGCGGGGACUGGACAAGAAGGCAGAGCUGGGUCUGAAGGAGCGGGAGGCAGCACUCAAGGAAGAGUGGAAGCAAAAGCCGUCGAUUCCGCCAACUCUCACCAAGGCCCCCAGCCUGACAGACCUGGUGAAGUCAGGACCCAGCAAGGCCAAGGAGCCAGGGGCUGACCCUGCCAAAUCGGUCAUUAUUCCCAAGUUAGAUGACUCUUCCAAACUCCCCAACCAGGCCCCAGAAACACUUAAAAUGAAGCUGAGUGAGGCCAGCCACCUAGGCAAGGAGGCCCCUGAGGCUAAGACAGGGGCUGAGUGUGGCCGCCAGGCAGAGGUGGAUCCGAUACUCUGGUACCGACAGGAAGCAGAGCCCCGGAUGUGGACAUACGUUUACCCUGCCAAGUACUCAGACCUCAAGUCAGAAGAUGAGCGGUGGAAAGAGGAGCGGGACCGCAAAUUGAAGGAGGAAAGGAGUCGGAGUAAGGACUCUGUCCCCAAGGAGGAUGGGAAAGAAAGCACAAGUAGUGACUGCAAGCUGCCCACGUCUGAGGAACCCCGCCUUGGGAGCAAGGAGCCCCGACCAAGUGUCCAUGUGCCUGUGUCCUCCCCACUCACCCAGCACCAGUCCUACAUCCCCUACAUGCACGGCUACUCCUACAGCCAGUCCUAUGACCCCAGCCACCCCAGCUACCGGGGCAUGCCUGCUGUGAUGAUGCAGAACUACCCAGGUUCCUACCUGCCUUCUAGCUACUCUUUCUCCCCAUAUGGCAGCAAGGUCUCAGGGGGCGAUGAUGCCGACAAGGCACGAGCCAGCCCCAGUGUCGGCUGUAAAUCCAGCUCAGAGUCCAAAGCCCUGGACAUCUUGCAGCAGCACGCCAGUCACUACAAGAGCAAGUCCCCCACGAUAAGUGAUAAAACUUCUCAGGAGAGAGAUCGGGGAGGCUGUGGGGUGGUUGGGGGUGGUGGCAGCUGCAGCAGCAUCGGGGGAGCGGGCACCAGUGAAAGGAGUGUAGACCGGCCCCGCACCUCCCCUUCCCAGCGCCUGAUGUCCACACACCACCACCACCACCACUUGGGCUACUCCUUGCUCCCGGCACAGUACAACCUACCCUACGCAGCAGGGCUCUCUUCUACAGCCAUUGUUGCCAGCCAGCAAGGCUCAACUCCCUCGCUGUACCCACCGCCCCGGAGGUGAGAAUGAACACCAAGUGCCCGGAUAAAGUCAGCCUCACGGGCCGGAACUGGCUCACCCAAGGAGGUGAUGGAGGUGCCAUUUAGACAUCAGUUAAAUGGUGUUGAUCAUCCUGUUUGCCGUGUUCCCACCAUGACUGAAGGCAGACCCUUGGCUAUCUCGCCUCCACCGGGCCCCCGGACUCCCCCACCCUCCCUCUUCCUCAGGAGCUGGAGAGCUGGUACUUAGCAAAAAUAUUUAUUCUCUCGGCCACAGUCGUGACUGUUGUGGCCUCUGUGGAGAUGAAGGCACGGGGAGCAACCAGGGGAAAGUGGCCUCAGCCCAGAGAAGUCACUGCUCUGUUCCCCAAACCCGAGUCACCUGCCGGAGGAGCACCACCCCCCAGGGAGGGCCCCCCCCAGCCCUGGGUAAGGUCCGAAGACAGCACAGCAGCCAUGCCCUCUCACCAUCAUUGCCACCGUGACCAGACCCUGUGUCUCCCCGACGGUCUGGGCCCUGCAAAUUGGCAGCACGUGGAGGAAUGAGAAUCUCAGGAAAGAAAUUGGGGGCUGUUUUCUCUACAAUUGUGAAAACAAGGUCUUCAAAUGUGAAGACUUCUCCCCUCUCCCAUGAGCACAUUUAAAUGCUCAGAGCCCAGCCUGGAAAGGAAGAUUGAGGUACCCGCCCCCACCAAGGCCUUGGGCUGUCCGUCAAGCAGAGGGCCAGGGGUCCCCACACCAGCACAGGGCUCCCCAGGGAUACUGGGGGUCAGCUGGAGCUGGAGCAUGAAUGGAGUCUGUGAAGUAGAACCCGUGCCCCCACUAAGUCCUGCUGCUUCUUAGCCAACACUUGCCCUUGUCUCUCUUCCCUCCUGACCCCUUGGUGCCUUUCCCAGGGGGAGCCCCACACUGAUCUCUCUUCUUCUCUGCUGCUUGGUUCUUGAGACUCAGGCAGGUAAAGCAGUUUUCCCCAGCCUGGGUAGCCUUGGAUUCUGCCCGGUCACCUGAGGGCAAGGCCCAGAGGCAAUUCUUAAGAGAUGUCCUGUCCAUUCAGCCAUGUGAGUGUCCUUCUUAUGUAGGGCCACAAAUACAGCCCAGUUCCUCUGUAUACAGUAUGUGGUUUUGCAUCUCCGCCUAUAACCCCGUGUGUGCCAAUAUGAGCCUCGUUUCUUGUAUCACAGAUUUUUUGUUUUAGGGACCACUGACCAGGGGAGGUUAUGUGUCCCUCAGACCCUGGCAUGAGACAUCAAGCCAUCACUCCUCUGAGCCACGGAGUGCGCUCAGUGGGAGCUGUGCUGAGAAGCAGCAGGCAUCCCUCUGCUCUCCUUAGAAACGCAGUCUCCCGUCCAAGCUCUGCGCUCUGAGUACUGGGCAUGGACGAUGAUUUGGUGGCUUUGUUGGGGUCACUUCUUCCCCAAGGCAUGGGGAGCUUUAGCUCUUUCUUUGCUUUUGAGGUAUCAUCCCUUUGUUCUCCUCCUCUCCUGUCCUUGACCUUCUGGAUUGAGAGAAAGAUAGACCGACAGACACCAGCCUAGGCUACAGAGAGGUAUUUGUGACCAGAGUGCCAAAAGCGACCAUGUGAAAGCAGGGUCUUGACUGACAGUGUGGGGCAUGGAGGUGGAGGGCAGUGAGUAAGCACAAUGUCCUGCAGGGGCUGCUUUCCAAGGGCCCCCCGAGCCCUCCUGUGGAGAGCCUCAGGCUCUUUUGCCCAAGAGGAACCCCUCUGGCCUAUAGACCUUUCCUCCAGGUUUUAUGUUCUUGUUCCAGUUGGGUUCUGAGCCCAUCCAAAAAACUCGCCGUUUCAGGCCUCUUAGCAGGCCCCCAAGCAGACUCCCUCCUUCCCUCUGCCUCCUGCCGCCUCAGCGGGCAGUGCUCUAGCAGUGACUUCCCUUUCAUCCGCAGAAUAGUUGGUGUGGACACCUCACCUCACCCGAGUCACCACCAACCAAGAUGACUGAAUUUCAGCCUGAGUAUGCCCUCCCACACUCCUGUGGGGUGAAGCCAAGGGCCUGUCUCUUUUCCUGUUGGUUUUUUCAAUAUUGUUGUGUUUUGUAUUUGUGGUGCUGGCUUACAGCGUGCUCUGUACAUAUUGUAAAGAAAUCGUUUGGAAUAAUUUUUCCCCAUCGGGUGGGCAUGGUCUGCAUUCCUGCCCUUUCUACUUUGUUCUGUGACACAGAGAAGAGGAAAUCCGUAUUAGCAGGGCAGCCCUGGGUUCUACAGAAGGGAACAGCUUUUUCUUUUUCCUUUUCCCCCUUAAAAAACAUUUGGCUCUUGGCUCCUGCCCCGAAGAGCAGAUAGAAGCCAGUAACAGUAGGACGGCACUACCUCUCCCUGGUCCCUGACCCUCCUGGUCUCAGAUCCUUGCCAGGUCCAGUCUCCCUUCCCUGCAAGAGCAUGAAGCAGCAGCAGUGGAGGAAACAGAUCCUUGACGAGUGCCCAGUGAAGGAUUUUCUGUCCCCCUCCAGCCUCUGUACAUGGGGAGGAGAAACACAGGUGAUGGAACCUGUGGCACCCAUGACCUGGUCAGAGGGACAAGACAUGCAGCAAGGACUCCCUCUCCACCCUUCCCUGUGAGCAAAAACUAGAAAAGUUUACCGCUAAGGCCCCAGAUCACCAGACCGAGGCUCUCGAAGCCCCGCCACCCCCCCAUCCCCCUCCCGCCCCUGGGAGCCAAGGCCUGGAGCUGCUGCUCAGGAUGGACAUCCUCUUCCUCCCCACUCAAGGUAUCACCGCCCUUCAUCCCCUUCCCCUAUCUGUACAUGUAUGUGUACAUGUAUGACAUUUCCUUAUCUCACCCCCUCCGUACAUCAAGGUCAAAGGCCACAUGCAGAAUGGUUAAGAGGGCACACCCCAUGAAAUGAAAUGGCAAUUCUUGAAUCUCUUCUCUCCAGGCUCCAAGGUGGGGGUGGGGCAACCAGGCCUCAGUAGUGGGAGGGUAAGACGCAGAAGGGCUAAGAGUUGCAUACAGGUUUUGAGGUCACCCGUGUCACUAAUCCUCCCAUAUAUCCUAUCGCCAUCCCACUGUCUACUCUGAUGCCCCCAAGAUUCCACUGGGCAGCUAGCUGGCCCCAUAACUCUGGGCCUCUGUUACUUGUUUUAUCACUAGGGCAUUCCCAGGAUGCUUUCUGAUGAUCCUCUGCCACGGGCCCCUCCUGGGAUUGUGCCCCUCCCACGUCCCAUCCCAGCCCCUCCUGCCCCAGCCCACCCGCUUGCCUUGGUGCUCAGCCCCCCAUUGGGAGCAGGUUGGGGCGAGCUGGAGGCCCGGGCUGGAGGGGCAGUGUUGCUGUUCAUAGCUUUUGUUCCAUUGGCGUUGCUUUGUUGGAUUUAAUUUCAGUCUUCCUGAUUCUUCCCUUCUGUAAAGUGUACAUUACCAAGUUCCUUGUUUUUUUAUAUAUAUAUAUAAAUAUAUAUAUAUACAAACUGUACUCUUUUUGCCUUUGUACAUUCAGGCAAGAAGAGAAAAAUAAAUCUUUUUAAGAGACAAUCACAAAUCUGUGAGGGCUGCUGGUUAUUUCUCCUGGAGUUUGCUGCUGAGCUGCCUCCUCCUCCUUCCUCCCCACCUUUCCAUUCCCUCAGCUUCCCCGCCUUCCUGGUCCUGCUCCUGCUCCUGCUCCUGCUCCAUGCGCAUCCUCAGCCCCACCUUCUCUGGCUGAUGGCAAGCUGUUGAACCCAGUGUCCAGACUACCUGCCCUGCAGUCCUCUCCUGCCCAGCAUUGCUUUUCAGCUUGGCCACUGGCUAACCCAGGAGCUUUAACUGGUGUCCUGGCCUCUCCUCCUUUCCCUUAGAUCCCAUUCACCGAAGUGGCUUUGGACCCCUGGGUACUCUGGGACCUCCCAGAGACCCUGGUUUUGGACACUCACCUGCGAAACUAUGCAGCUAGGAGCUUUCUGCCUAAGCGUUUGCACUAUUUCAACCUGCUUGGGAGUUAGAACAGAUGGUUUUUUAGAAAAUGAGUGGGACACUCCCCCCAGACUCCAGCCUCCAGAGAAUCAUUCCCGGUUGGUGGGCUUCCGUGGCUGCCCCAUCAGAACAGGUGCUAAGGGUUUACCUACGGGUCAAGAGCAUGUGAUCAGAAUCUCAAAGGGCGGUACAUCCUAAAACAGCCCAACCAAAUCACUGUUGCACCUCUUCUCCCUCUUGAUUUCUCCUCCCCUCCUUCUGUUUCCUUUUCUUAAUUGGCUCUGGAACUGAAGUAUUUUUUAAAUUAUUUGUUGUAUUUAUUGAAUAAAGUUUUUAAUAUCCCUGUUCUUAAAUUUAGACUUAGUUUGCCUUUCACAUCUUCCCUCUCUAUCAUCCCCCCAAAUACUCUACCUUUAAGUUGCUUUUUUAAUUGGAGUGCAGAUUUUGGGUGCCUGCUGUAUUUCUUUGCUGUCGGUGGUCUUAUCCAGCAAAGGCUUUUCUUUUUGGAAGGGAAAUCUCACCUAGGUUUCCGAUUUGACCUAACUCCAGCUGUUUUAAAGAGGACCCACCAGUAGGUGGCAGCAGAAUCAGGCAUAUUCCCUGUCCACUCGGCUAGCUUUGGGGACAAUAAAGGACUGAGUGUUGUCUUGGUGCUUCAACCUGUCUUGUAAGUUCCUUGGGUUUGAGUUUUACCAUC